AUGAGCACCCUCGACAUCGACGACCAGGUCAACGACCGCCUCGCUGCGCUGUCCGACCCGGCCCUCACCGUCCCCGGCUUCGACUCGUCUCGCGUCUUUGCCCUCAUCUCGGUCGUCCUGUCGUCCCCCUCGUCCCCCAAGAAGCGCCUCAUCAAGCGCAUCAAGACCGUCUACCUCUUCCAGGUCGACAACGACAAGGGCGACAAGGCUCAGUGGUGGCUCGACAUGAAGAAGAAGGGCCGGCUCGGCAAGCUCGCCCCGGGCGCCAAGGCGCCGUUGAGGCCGGACGUCAUCAUCAAGGUCGGCGACAACGACCUCGUCGGGCUCGCAACGGGCAGGCUUCACCCGCAAAAGCUGUACGCCGCCAAGCGCCUCCACGUCCGCGGCGACCUCGACCGCUCCCUCCUCGCGCUGCGCGUCCUCUCGCAAGAGCGCGAGAAGCUCGAGGCGCUCGCCGGCCCGGCGCAGCGCGACCCGGACAAGGACACGGGCGGCGUGUGGGCCGAGGUCAAGCCGCACGGGGCGGCGGCAAAGGUCGAGAGGGUCGUCGAGGGCGUCAGGGAGGGCGUCGAGAAGGUCAAAGCCAAGCUGUGA